CAACAUCCCACUCGUGCUGCAUUUGAAGUGUCUCAAAAUGGCGGACGAACUUCCCUUUAAAACAGAAUACGCAAAAUCUGGAAGAGCAUCAUGCAAAGGAUGCAAAUUGACAAUUUCAAAGGAUUCACUCAGACUAGCAAAAAUGGUCCAGUCUCAACACUUUGAUGGCAAGCAACCAAUGUGGUUUCACUAUGGCUGUUUCUUUAAGAAGAAUAAGCCAAAGCAGAUAGGAGAAAUUGAGGGUAUUGGUAAUCUACGCUGGGAAGACCAAGAGAAAAUUAAAUCAAAUUUUGGAGCAUCUGAUUCAGCACCUAGUGCAUCAGCAGCAAGCUCAAAGGCAGAUGAAAUUGAUGGAAGUUUGGCAGACUACCAAGUUGAGUAUGCAAAAUCUAGCCGCAGUACAUGCAAAGUUUGUGACAACAAGAUACAAAAAGGAGAGGUAAGAGUGGCUAUAAUGGUUGAUGGAGAUUCAAAGUACACAUCAGGAAAGAUUCCAAGCUGGCACCAUCUUGAUUGUUUUACUGAGAAGAAGAAAAGUGAGCCAGAGCUUGCAAAUAUUUCAGAGAAUGACCUUGCUGGCUUCAAAGCACUCAAAGAUGAAGAUAAAACCCUUGUUAAAAAAGUUCUUGGAUUGAAAAAAACAAAGAAGAAGUCAUCAGAAAAGUCUGCUGGGCAAGUUGCUAUUCCAGAUCCUGAUGAAAUUGCACUCAAGGAGCAAAGCCAACUGCUAUGGAAAUUACAUGACGAUUUGAAAAAGAAUUGCAGUACUUCAUUGCUUCGAAUUAUGCUUGAGGAAAAUCACACUUCUUCAAAAGGGGGUGAAAAUGAUUUGCUUGAAAGAUGUGCUGAUGGCAUCGCAUUCGGUGUCCCUGGCAGCUGUCCAGAAUGCCACCAUGGAAAGCUUCUUUACAGCUCUUGUGGGUAUCACUGCAUUGGGCAUGUGACCGCAUGGACAAAAUGUCUCUAUAAGACAUUUAAGCCGCCAAGGAAGAAGUGGAUAAUUACAGCAAACUGCAAGGAUGAAUGCGAAUUCUUGAAAACUAUCAAGCCUACAGUUAAGAACAGGAUUUUCCCAAAAUCGAUGAAUGCAAUGGACCCGGACAAGCCGUUAGGAGGGAAAAAAGUACUUCUUUCGACUGCAGCAAAAAAGUCUAAAAAAGGAGUUGCAGAAAAAAUUGAGGAGCUUGGUGGAAUGGUCGUCAAAGAUAUUGCCAGUGAUCUGCUUUGCUUCAUCGCUACCAAAGCUGAGGUGACGAAAGGAAGCAAGAAGAUUACUCAACUGAUGGAUCUAUGUGUGCCAAUUGUGUUCGAGGGAUUUGUUUUCGAGGUGAAAAAAGGAAAUUUGGAGGAAUGCAUCCGAAGCCAUGAAAUCGUCCCUACAAAGCAGAAGUUGGACUCUGUGGAUGGGCCUAAAAAGAGGAAAAAGGCUAACGCUAAUGCGUCAACUCAGAGCCCCAAGAAGCAGAAGCUGCUACUGAAAGGUGGUGCGGUCGUGGACCCAGAUUCGGGCCUUGAAGAUAGCUGUCAUGUUCAUGAGAAGAAUGGUGAAAUAUACAGUGCAGUUCUUGGUAUGGUUGAUUUGGCAAGAGGAACGAAUUCUUACUACAAAGUGCAGGUUCUUGUCCACGAUCACGCUAAACAAUACUAUGUUUACAGGUCGUGGGGAAGAGUUGGCACGACAAUUGGGGGUAACAAGUUAGAGGGGUUUGACAUACUUGAAGAAGCUAUUGAAAACUUUGUCGAACUGUUCGAAGAGAAGACUGGAAACAGUUGGUACAGACGGAAAGAUUUUGUGAAACAUCCAUACAAGUUUUACCCUAUAGAAGUGGAUUUUGGAAAUGAAGGUGACAGCUUUAAGCAAUUGGAAGCUGGAAAAGAUUCAAAAUUGCCCAUGGAAGUGCAGAAAUUAAUAACAAUGAUAUUUGAUGUGAAUUUGAUGAAGAAGACAAUGGCAGAGUUUGAGAUCGACAUGAACAAAAUGCCACUUGGCAAGCUUUCAAAGAGUCAGAUCGAAAAGGCAUAUCAAGUGCUUGGAGAAUUGCAACAGUGCCUUGAUAACAACGAAACAGGAACGAAAAUAUUGGAUGCUUCAAACAGAUUUUACACGCUCAUUCCACAUGACUUUGGGUUGAAGGCUCCACCACUGCUGAACAAGUCUGAAAUGAUCAAAGAAAAAACAGAUAUGCUUGACAGUUUGAUGGAUAUUGAAAUCGCGUACAACUUGCUGAAGACGAGCAGCAAAGACAAAGACCCAAUCGAUGCGCAUUAUGAUAGUCUAAAAGCAGAUAUAAAGGUCGUUGAUAAAAAGUCAGAAGAAUUUGCAAUGCUUGAGGUGUAUGUGCAGAACACACAUGCAUCAACACACCGACAUUACUCGCUCAAGCUAGAGGAGGCUUUUGAAGUCGAUCGUCAAGGAGAAAAAGCGCGAUACAGUCCAUUUAGAGAGCUGCAUAACCGUAAAUUGCUAUGGCAUGGCUCGAGGCUGAGUAACUAUGCUGGUAUCAUUUCACAAGGACUUCGUAUCGCGCCACCAGAAGCCCCAGUUACUGGCUACAUGUUUGGCAAAGGCAUCUAUUUUGCAGAUAUGGUCUCAAAGUCCGCCAACUACUGCCAUACAAGCUAUUCAAACCCAACUGGUCUAAUGCUUCUGUGUGAAGUUGCUCUUGGGAACAUGUACGAGCUACUUCAUGCAAAAGGAAUCACAAAGUUGCCGAAAGGGAAACAUAGCUGCAAGGGCAUGGGCAGGACUGCUCCUGAUCCUGGAAAAGACCGCGUUCUACAGGAUGGAGUUGUUGUUCCUCUUGGGAAAGGAGUCGAUCAAAAUGCCCAAGGUGGCUCUUUGCUUUAUAAUGAAUACAUUGUCUACGAUAUUGCACAAGUGCAGAUGAAGUAUUUGUUGAAACUGAAUUUUGAUUAUCAGCAUCGUUGAGAACGCUCGUUAUCAGCCUCGUUAUCAGCCUGAUGCUCGAUUUUCUGACUCUCCGGCAUCGUUAAUGUUAAUCUACAGAAGAAUUCUAGUUUUUUGCAUUUUUGAGAACUUACUUUAUUAGAAUAUGUGUUCUGUUGAUGAUCAUUUUAAUGAUCGUCUGUUAUGCUUUUUUUUUGAAGUAGUAGUAUAGAAUAUCUUAGCUGUAAGUUGAGAGUUAGCAUCACGUUGGGAUUCUGGGGUUAGCGACUGUAUGCAUGGCUUGGGUAUCUUUAAUGCAGCUCUUUGGAUGUUCUUACAAAGGAUAUUGAAAAUCCUGGAGUCUGCAGACUUUCCUGCUCUCCAUCGCUCAGAAAAUUCCUUCAAGCAUUGGUUAUUGUAAAGAGAUUCUAGCAAAGAAAAAACCAUUUUGUGUCUGCAUAGAUUGAUCCCGAAGGCAAAAUUUUAUUAUCAGUUCAAAAAAUGUCUCUUACUGAAAAUUUUGAGUUUGUCUGGUUAGUACAUUAAUUAAACGAUAGCAUUCAUGCUAGGACUCUUUUUUAAUAUUUACAGCAAUAGUCAUUGUCAUGGUUGGGGGAGGGUAAGCCAAAUAUUUCCCCUUCUCCUAUGUGAUGCUUCAAGCAGACACCCUCAGGUUCUCACUCGUCUUGUUCAUUGGAAAUAAUUUUUCUCAAGUUUUCCACAUGUAGAGAAACUGUAUCGUAUUUUUGUAAUAAAGCGCAGAGUAUUAAAGAGUAUUAAUUUUGUAGAGUAGUUUAAGCUUAAUGUUUCAGAAUGUUAUGUUUCUCUAUAAACAAAAGAAAAUUGC